AUGAAGCAAAUCGGGCUUAUACCUUCGGGAGCACAACUUUGGUACAAAAGGAUCAUAACGGUGACUCACGGCCGUCUGAUUUAUUGUUCAACAAUUGCGAUCUACGUAUACAACUUGAAUGACUUUAGAUUAGAAAGAAUCCUAACAGGUCAUUCUAUGGCCAUCACUGGAGUUGUUGCUUCACCUCAUACCCCUCAUUUAAUAGCCACCUCCAGUUUAGAUCAAACCUUGAGAGUAUGGGACAUUACAGAUGGAAAAACUGUCAAAGUGGUUGAUCUUAAAUCUAUUCAGUUCAAGCCUUAUUGUAUUGAAUGGAGUCAUACGGAUAGAUAUCAACUCAUUAUCGGAAGUAAGAAAGGAGCACUCAAGGUUUGGGAUUUCAAUGAUGAUUCCAACUUUGCUGUGUCUGUAUUCAACGGAGAUGAUGUUAGAAUGAUUGGAUUGAAUUCAAGAAAUCCUGGAAUGUUAUUUGUAAACUGUGGAGCUGAAUUCUUUCUUGUGGAUGUCAUCAAACGAAAAACGGUACACAAGUACCGAUUAUCCGAUUACAAAAUUGUAGAUUUUCAAUGGGAUCCCCUUUCUACCAAUUACUUGAUUUGUUGCUAUGAAAAUGGGCAAUCAGUGCUGUAUGAUACAGAGGCCAAAGAAGCCGAGAACAUGAAGAUUAAAUCCUUUGACAAGUCAGGUGCAGGUAUAUCUUCAGUUUCUUGGAUUAGAAAUGAGCCAGGAAAUUUCAUUACAUCAGACAUCAGGGCAGGAGUGAUUAGAUAUUGGAACGUUUCUCAAACAACAGUCCUAAAAGUACAACAAAUUCGAAAAAAUAGUGGCUUCCAAGAUUUGGUCAUGCUGCCAGGUAGCCCAAAGAUCGCUUGUGCAUUUAAGGACGGUGCUGUUGGCUUGUACGACAUCUCAAAAAAGCAAUUUGAUUUUAUUACACCAGGGUCUCAUACUGAAACAAUAUUCGAUUGUGAUUAUUGUCCUGCUAAUCCCGAUAUUUUUGCGACAUCAGGAUUUGACCACAGCAUUAGACUUUGGGAUACCCACAGAAUGAAAGUUGUCGAAAAUUUAACUCACGACUCUGGAGUAAUAUAUGGUUUGGCAUGGCACCCAACAAAAAAAGAAAUUGCAGGAGCGUUUAACACUGGCUUAGUAAUUAUUUGGGACGCUCAAAAAAGAAUUCCAAAGCUUCAAACCGAAAUCCACAAAGACUGCAUUUAUAGAAUCAGUUGGAACCCAAUAGAUCAUUCUCUCCUAGCAACAUCCUCCAAGGACACGUAUUGUAACGUAUUCAGCGACGAAGGUAAAAUAACCAAGAAGUACAAACACCCAGCUCCUGUUUUUGGCGUUUGCUGGCAUCCAAAAAACAAGAACAUCCUUGCUACUGGUUGUCAUGAUUUCAUUGUGAGAGUUUUCAACAUAAAUAAUUCGGGUGAGCAACCAGUAUCGGUUCUAAAAGGUCACACCGCUGAGGUAUUCAAUGUUGUUUGGCAUCCUACCAUCAAUAACGUACUUGCUUCAGGAUCUAAUGACAAAACCAUAAGAGUGUGGGAUAAUGAUAAUGGAUCCAGCAAGGUCUUGAGAGGCCACACCCAUUAUGUAAGAGCCUUGGCUUGGAAUCAUGAGCUGUCCAACGUGUUAUUAAGUGGAUCAUGGGAUGGAACAAUAAGAGUAUGGGAUGCAAGCAAAGAAAAGCAAUUAGCAAUUUCCAACGAUCAUCAUGCAGAUGUUUACGGUAUUAGCUCACACCCAGAAAGACCAUUUAUUUUUGGAUCCACCUCAAGAGACACAACAAUUAGAUUUUGGGAUCUUGAACCACUUGUCAGAAAAUACUAUGUAAGGACAAUUCAAGAUCAAAGUCUUGCUAAUAUUAUGGGAGUACCAUCAAAUCCCUUUGACGAUAAUGCUCCAGAAAUGUUGCUUUCAGGACAUGGUUCAAAAACUGUGAACGCAAAUAUGGUUCAAGCAAGAACUGAUGUGGAGAAAUAUACUAUCCUCUCAGAGUUCUUUAACUUCCCAUACACAACUAGAAACUUAUGGGAGCUGGCAAAUAGUUAUUCGCAAGGCAAAAAGUACAAGUCUUCAUUGAAGUCUGAUGUUUUGUUUUGUAACACUAUAACGGACACCGUGUAUAGCAAGGCAAAGGAGUUAGAGUCCAGUAGAUACAAAAAUAAGAGCUCAAAUGCUUCACAAAGAGCUGCUGAGCAACUACGGGAGUCAGCAAAACAAUAUCUCAAAAUUGGAAAGAUGAAAAAUUACUGUGAGAUUAUGUGUGAAAUUGGCGAAUGGGAGAAAGCGAUUGCUGUUGCUCCAUCUGUGUCCUUAGAUUAUUGGAGAGAUUUAACUGCAAGAUAUGCUAAAACUUUAUCUGAAAAUGAAAAUGAAGAAGUAAUGCCGUAUUAUAUCGCCACAGGUGAGAUUGAUAAGCUGUUGAAUUUUUGUAUCAGAAAGAAUCAACUUACAGACGCAUCAAUCAUUGCCAGAAGAGAUUCAGAGGAAGGAUAUCCAAAACCUGCAAUGCUUCCACCUCUAAAACAAGAUAGUACAAAAGACGAUGAAAAUCACGAUAAUGCCCCAAUAACGAUUGAGAUGAGAAGGAUUGCAGAGUUGCAGGCCAAGAAUUUUAUGAAAGAAGCUAAACCAAUAAUGGCGGCAUCUGCGUUUUUAUCAAUACGAGAUAUUGAUAAGUGUCUUCAUUUUCUGGUGAAAGGAUGCGAAGGAAUUUUGGCUUAUUCUCUUUAUAGAUCUUUAUUGAUGAGAAACCCCAAUGAUUCUGUGUAUUUGUCAUUUGCAAACUCAUGCACCCAAUGCGGACAGUGGGAUAUUGCUGCUGAGGUAUUAGCAAAGGUUAAAAACAGAGCCGAAGCUGCAAAGUUACUCUCAAAAAUGGAUCCUUUUCACCCACUACGAGAGAAUUUAUUUAUCAAGGCGGGAUUCCAACCUCCUAGUUUUUAUUCCACACAGGCACCAGCAGUUGAGCACAAAAAUCCUGCCGAUUGUAUUCGAUUUUAUUCAUUUGCGUCAGAGAAUCAAAAUGCUGCACUGGUUGCAAUCGUUCAGUAUGAAGAAUUAUUUGCCAUGGACGACUGGAAUUGGCCUCUAAUUACUGAAAUUCACUCUGCUGUACAAUGCAUCGAUGCCACCAAACUUGAAUCUCUAAUGAAGACAAAAAUUAUGAUGUAUACCAACAUGAUUGGAGCACAGCUGGCAUUGUGGAAAGAGUAUUAUAAUAUUGCUCCAAAGCUAGCACAAAAUGCCAGAGAUUGUAUGAAGAAACUCACAGACUUCUUUACUCCAAAGGAAUAUAUCGAGUAUUUAUAUUGUCUUUGUAUGGCUUAUGGAGACCCUGAAGAAGGAGUCGGUAUUUUAGGUCAAGCUCUUUCUAGAGAGGUUGAUGUGAUGGAUGAAAAAUAUGCAAAACCCUUAAUUUUGAUUAAGAAGCGACUAGAAGAUCGUACUUUCUUGGGUGACGUGCCUUUGUCUAACUUGGUUGUUCCUUCAGGAUCCAAUUUACCUGUUCGUUCACUCGAUGGAAAGAAAAUUGUAAGCAUGAUCUCAAAGAAAGAAGCACAACCGCCCGUCAUGCUUGAAGAUCAUUCAGUAAUCAGUUUGGCUGAGGCUGACAUGUGGCGCGAAGUGAACACGUUCUCUCCAACAAUGACAGGUGUGAAAAUUUAG